ACAGACCCGGAGGAUGUGCUGAGUGUGAGCAUUCCUCUGGAGGAGCCACAGCGUCCUCUACUGGGAGCAACGUUGGUACUACCGUGUUACUUUGAGGACCACACUGUCCCAGACCCAGGAGCUCCCACCAUCGCUCCCCUCGCUCAUCGCAUCAAAUGGAGCCUUGUCACCAAAGAAAAGGUCACGACUAUACUGGUGGCCUUGGAAGGUCAGGUGCGUAUCAGCGAGAGCUACAUGGAUAGAGUUCAUCUGGUGGGCUACCCCAUGACUUCUACAGAUGCUAGCAUCAAGAUAUCUGAGCUGCGGUCCAGUGACACAGGAGUCUACCGCUGUGAGGUUCAGCACGGCAUCGAGGACAACCACGACAUCGUCCAUGUGCAGGUUCAAGGUUUGGUGUUCCACUACCGAGCAAUCAUAGGCCGCUACAGUUUGACUUUUGAAAAGGCGAAGGCAGUAUGCACCCAGAACAGUGCGGUCAUGGCUUCACCUGAACAGCUUCAAGCAGUCUACGAUGAUGGAUUCCACCAGUGUGACGCUGGCUGGCUCUCUGACCAGACAGUCAGGUACCCGAUCCAUGAUCCUCGUGUGAACUGCUAUGGCGACAAAGAGGAGCUGCCUGGGGUCAGGACAUACGGAGUGAGAGACCUCAAUGAGACUUAUGAUGUCUACUGCUUCACUCAGAAGAUGACAGGCAGAGUUUUCUACACCGCUUCUGCAGAAAAGUUCACCUUCUCUGAGGCUGUGGUUGCAUGCUCCAAUCAGGGAGCUGAGUUGGCCACUACUGGACAGCUCUACUUGGCUUGGCAGGGUGGGAUGGAUGUCUGUAACGCCGGCUGGCUGGGAGACAGGAGCGUCCGCUACCCCAUCAAUAUCCGUCGGCCACAGUGUGGAGGGGGUCUGCUGGGGGUGCGAACUGUUUACCUUCACACAAACCAGACAGGAUACCCACAUCCUGAGUCUCGCUACGACGCCUUCUGCUACACAGAGUCCCCUGAUGAGGAAGGUUCAGGCAUCAUAGAAGAGGGAAGUGGCGUGCUGAGUGUUACCACGGUGACAGGGAGCCCAGAGGUGUUCUUUAGGAGGACAACUACAGAGAGCGAGGCAAUCGGAGAGGUGGAUACUCAGCAGCCUACCAUAGUGGACUUCACCUACACAGAGAGCCCUACCGAGCUGCCACUGCCUCCGCCGCCAAACGUCACUGAGUUGAUCAUUGACCUGAUAGAGCCAGCCACCGCCCGGCCCGACACACGCAGGGAGCCAAGCAAAGGCUUUGUGACGCCUCCAACUGGUGUGGUGUUCCAUUAUCGGUCAGGCUCCGACCGCUAUGCUUUCACAUUCGUUGAGGCCCAGCUGGCCUGCCAGAGUGUCGGAGCCUACAUUGCCACGCCAAAGCAGCUGCAGGCAGCAUAUGAGGCUGGAUAUCACCAGUGUGAUGCAGGAUGGUUACUGGAUCAGACUGUAAGGUAUCCCAUUGUUUUUCCUCGAGAUAAGUGUGCUGGAGAUCUGGGGGAUCAACCUGGAGUUCGGUCAUAUGGUUUGAGGCCAGCAGACGAGAAAUAUGAUGUAUACUGUAACAUUGAUGGACUGAAAGGUGAGGUUUUCCAUGUGGGCUCCGCUGAGGGUCUCACCUAUGAUGAGGCUGCUUCUCGCUGUCAAGAGCAGAACGCUGUAUUGGCCUCCACCGGAGAGCUGUACGCAGCCUGGAAAAUGGGUUUCGACAAGUGCCGAGCUGGCUGGCUAGUUGAUCAUAGCGCCCGCUAUCCAAUUAACAAACCCCGUAUUGGAUGUGGAGCUGGGAAAUCAGGAGUACACACAGUGUACACGCACCCCAACCAGACAGGCUUCCCUGAACUUGAAGCCAGAUUUGAUGCAUACUGUUUCAGAGCGGAUAUUCUACUUAUUGCAAAUGAAACUGGACUGAAUAUCACAGAUAUCCAAGAGGCCCUUCUUAACCUAACAUCAAUUACUGAUUUGUUGAGGCCUGCUGUUCCUUCCAUCGUCUCUCCUAUCCCUGUGGAGACUUCAGGCUCUGGCUCUGGCUCAGCAGACUUUGGCUCAGGGUCUGCGGUUGAUGGUGCCUCUGGGGGUCACUCUGGAGAUCUGUCUGGAUCUGGAGAUCUGUCUGGUUCUGGACAUCAAGUCACCUCUGAAGAUAAAUCUGGUUCUGGAGAUUUGUCUGGUUCUGGAGACUUGUCUGGUUCCGGAGAUCAGGUCACUUCUGAAGAUAAAUCUGGUUCUGGAGACUUGUCUGGUUCCGGAGAUCAGGUCACCUCUGAAGAUAAAUCUGGUUCUGGAGACUUGUCUGGUUCCGGAGAUCAGGUCACCUCUGAAGAUAAAUCUGGUUCUGGAGACUUUUCUGGUUCCGGAGAUCAGGUCACCUCUGGACAUCAAUCUGGUUCUGGAGACUUGUCUGGUUCCGGAGAUCAGGUCACCUCUGGACAUCAAUCUGGUUCUGGAGACUUGUCUGGUUCCGGAGAUCAGGUCACCUCUGUAGAUAAAUCUGGUUCUGGAGACUUUUCUGGUUCCGGAGAUCAGGUCACCUCUGGACAUCAAUCUGGUUCUGGAGACUUUACUGGUUCUGGAGACUUUACUGGUUCUGGAGACAUGGCAGGCAGUGCCAGUGCUGAUCUGCCCAGUGGAUUGGGUUUCACCAGUGCAGAUGCAUCUGGAUCAGCACACAGUGGAGAAGGAUUCAGCAUCAAUGUUGUUUUUUCAGGCAUUGACAGCAUUGUCUCUGGAGAGGGCUCAGCUUUAGGAGGACUCCAAGAAGCUGGAGAGGGAAGCACAGGAAUCUUUAUCUUCCCUUCAUCUGAAGCAGGCUCUGGAGUGCUAAGUGGUAGCGGGGACCUGUCUGGAUCUGGAUCUGGUUUCAGCUCUGCGGAGAGUGGCUCUUCAAUAGACAUCUCUGGAGAAAAUGGACAAUUCUCUGGCAUGUCGUCCGGUUUCAUCACGGACAAUGACUUUUCUGGGUUCAAUGGUUUCCCCUCAGGAUUCUCCUCUGGAAGUGCUAGUGGACAGUCGGGACAGCUUUCGGGAAGUGGAAACACACAGAUCUUACUGAUAGAUGGUAAACUGCUCGAUGCAUCCACCCCAAUUACCCACAAGGAGUAUGAGCUUGGUGGAGGCCUACUGGCAUUCAGUGGCUCUGGAGACAUUUCAGGAUCUGGGAUCCUCAGUGGCGAUCUCAGUGGCUCGGACUCUGGAAGUGGCUCUGGCUUCUUCUCAGGCGUGACCUUUGUGGGGUCAGGUUUCACUGACCUUACAGUGUCAUCCUCUAGGGAGCAAGAGGCCUCUGGGUUUUUACUCUAUAGCUCCGGACAGGGAAGUGGUGGACAUUUGUCUGGAUUUGGAAGCUCAAGUUUCAUCGCUGGGUCUGGAUCGGGAAUGUCUGGAUCUGAGUCGUCAACGAGCGAGGUAUCCGGAGACAAUACACUGUCUAUAGAGCUUGGACAGGGGUCAGUGGAGUACAGCGGAGAAGUAAGUAGUAGUGGAAGUGGCUUCUACUCUGGCAGCGGUGACAACCAAUUCACCACGGCCAGUGGCUCUUCUUCCGGAGCUUUCUCUGGAGAUCUGCCACAGCUCGUGCUGCCCUCUCCAUCCAGUGAGUGGGCUCUGACAGAGAGCACCAAAGGGCCACAGGAGGCCCUUAGCGGGGUUGAACUGUCACAGACCCCUGUCACAGACAUCUUUGGAACUCCCCACCCUGUGCUUGCCCCCGCAGGACUGGCUGCACCUCCCACCACAGCUUCACCAGCCUCUGUGCAGACACCAGGCAUUGUUAAAGAAACUGAUUCAGUGGAGGGUUUUAACCCAUGUGAGCCCAACCCCUGUGGUACUACUUCAUGCACAGUAGAGGAUCGGGUUGCUCUCUGCCAUGAGGUAGAUGUGUGCCAUCCCAACCCUUGUACCAAUGGAGCCACCUGUGUGGAGAGUGCAGACUCUUACAAAUGCUUAUGCCUGCCCAGCUACGGAGGGGAACGCUGUGAGAUCGAUGAGCAGCAGUGUGAAGACGGUUGGACUAAGUUUCAGGGGAACUGCUACCUGCACUUCUCUGACAGAGAGACGUGGUUGGACGCAGAGCAGCACUGCCGGGACAUGAACGCCCACCUGGUCAGCAUCAUCACCCCAGAGGAGCAGGACUUUGUCAAUUCAAACGCACAGGACUACCAGUGGAUCGGACUCAACGACAAGACAGUAGAGAAUGAUUUCCGCUGGACAGAUAGCACUCCACUGCAAUACGAGAACUGGAGGCCGAACCAGCCAGAUAAUUACUUCAACUCUGGAGAAGACUGUGUGGUGAUGAUCUGGCAUGAGAACGGCCAGUGGAACGACGUGCCCUGCAACUACCACCUGCCGUUUACCUGCAAGAAAGGCCCCGUGUCCUGUGGCGCCCCGCCGGAGGUGGAGAAUGCUCGCAUGUUUGGUAACAAGAGGGAGGAAUACCCCUUCAACUCCAUCAUCCGGUAUCAGUGCAGCCCAGGGUUCUUGCAGCGCCAUCCUCCGGUGGUUCGCUGUAAGGCAGACGGACAGUGGGAGAAACCCCAAGUGGAAUGUACUGAUGUGAAAGCCAGAAAAAGAAUACAGCGGAGGAGCAGCAGGAGUCUGACAGCCGGCGGCAAGCUUCACUAAAAAGGAAAAGAAGAGGAAUUAAUUAUUUAAGAACAUUUGCAGCACACGGAAAUCCAUUUUC